AUGGGAAGCGGCACCUCCACCCAACAUCAUUUUGCUUUCCAGAAUGCAGAGAAAGCCUUCAAGGCAGCGGUCCUGAUCCAGAGAUGGUACCGGCGCUACAUGGCUCGCCUGGAGAUGAGGCGGCACUGCACCUGGAGCAUCUUCCAGUCUAUAGAGUAUGCUGGGCAGCAAGACCAGGUCAAGCUCCACAAUUUCUUCAGCUACCUUGUGGAUCACUUCACCCCCAACAGUCACAACGAGAGGGACUUCCUGAACCGCAUGUUCACUGAAGAGAGAUCCCCCCAGGACUCCGAGAUGGAGAAUUGCAGGGACUAUGAAUCCAUCGAGGUACCGGACAGUUACACGGGGCCACGCCUCUCCUUCCCGCUCCUUCCCGACCAUGCAACUGCUCUGGUGGAAGCUUUCAGAGUGAAACAAAGGCUCCAUGCUCGCUAUGUCUUGAAUCUUUUGUACGAAGCCAGGAAACAUCUGGUACAACUGCCAAACAUCAACCGGGUCUCCACUUGUUACAGCGAGGAAAUCACAGUAUGUGGAGAUUUACACGGCCAGUUGGAUGACUUAAUAUGUAUAUUUUAUAAGAACGGCCUCCCGUCACCAGAGCGGGCCUAUGUGUUCAACGGCGACUUUGUGGAUCGAGGGAAGGAUUCAGUAGAGAUCCUGAUGGUUCUUUUUGCCUUCAUGUUGGUUUACCCAAAAGAGUUCCAUCUCAACCGAGGAAACCAUGAGGACCAUAUGGUGAACUUACGAUAUGGUUUCACAAAGGAAGUGAUGCAUAAAUAUAAGACACAUGGCAAGAAAAUACUAAAACUACUGCAAGAUGUGUUCUGCUGGCUUCCGCUGGCCACUCUGGUUGAUGAGAAAGUCCUGAUUCUUCAUGGUGGAGUGUCAGACAUGACUGACUUGGAGUUCUUGGCUAACCUAGACAGGCACAAGAUUGUUUCCACCAUGAGGUGCAAAACGAGAAAGGAGCAUAAGAAACAGGCGGAGAAGGGAAAAGCCAACCAGUCGAGCUCUGCCGGGACACCCUCCCCGUGGUUUCUCCCCCAAAGCCACUCUCUCCCCACCUCGCCCCUCCGCCCCAGCACCCAGAAGGCCCACAGAGCCGGGCGCCCCUCCAGCGUCCCCUGCAGGGUCCCCCUGGACCAUUGGGUGCGGCACUCCGUGGACCUGGAGCUGGAGAGGUGUCGGCAGCAAGCGGGCUUCCCAGAGAUCAAGGAGAAGGAGGAACCCUUGCCCUUGGCAUCCGAAGCGGACCCGGAAGCUGAGGGGCGGCGGGAGCCCACUCAGGAGGAGUGGAGGCAGGUGGUGGAUAUACUGUGGAGUGACCCCAUGGCUCAGGAGGGCUGCAAGGCCAACACCAUUCGAGGAGGUGGCUGUUAUUUUGGGCCUAACGUGACAGAACGGUUGCUACAGAAAUACAAUCUGCAAUUCCUGAUCCGCUCGCACGAGUGCAAACCCGAGGGCUAUGAGUUCUGCCACAGCCGCAAGGUGUUAACCAUCUUUUCUGCCUCCAACUACUACGAAGUUGGCAGUAACAGAGGAGCCUAUGUCAAACUAGGGCCGGCCUUGACCCCGCACAUUGUGCAGUUUCAAGCUAACAAGGCAACCCACACGCUUACCAUGAGGCAAAGGAUUAGCAGAGUUGGGGAGUCGGCUCUGAGAGCCCUACGUGAAAAGUUAUUUGCCCAUUCCUCAGAUCUUCUUGUUGCAUUUAAGAAGCAUGAUAAAGAUAAAACUGGUCUAAUCACCCUGAGUGACUGGGCAGCAGCCGUGGAGUCUGUGUUGCAUCUAGGACUGCCAUGGCGGAUGCUGAGGCCACAGCUGGUGAGCAGCUUGACAGAUAACAAGCUGGAGUACAAGUCCUGGCUGAAAAAUUUGGCCAAAGAACAAUUCAGCCAUGAGAAUAUACAAUCAAGUUUGCUGGAAGCACUGUAUCGAAACCGAUCCAACCUGGAGACCAUUUUUAGGAUCAUAGACAGUGAUCAUUCAGGGUUCAUUUCACUGGACGAGUUCAGGCAGACUUGGAAGCUGUUCAGCUCUCAUAUCAACAUUGAUGUCACAGACGACUGCAUCUGUGACCUUGCCCGGAGCAUUGACUUCAACAAGGAUGGCCACAUUGAUAUCAAUGAGUUCCUGGAGGCCUUCCGCCUUGUAGAGCAAUCCUGCUCAAAGGGUUAUGCCUCAGAUUGCUGACAAGCCACAAACACUAAUAACAGUGACUGCAGCAGCCCAGAUAAUACACUAAGGCCAGUCUGGUCCCCAUCGUCCAAGGUGCCUUUUCGUGGUAGCCACAGCACCCACGGUGGUCCCCCACCCGAUGGCGGCCCAGGCCAGCGCUUUCCAGGUGCCCUCCGGAACCGCCUAGCCCACGACGAGGGUCAUUCUCGUCCCAUUGAGUCACCUGGACUGGGACGCGGGGCCCGGCCCAAGGUCACAGAGCCAGCCAGUGGAGGAGCCUGGUAUGAGGGUCUGGAGUCAGAAGACACGGAGUUUGAUUCCCAGCUAUGGGAUCUGGGAGGUCAUCUGAGCUCCCUGCCGUCCUGCUCUUUAGGAGGCGGGAGCCAUAAACACCCACACAGAGUGAGGAUAAUUCGCUCUUCGGUGACAGCACAGAACCAAGGGCCGGCUGCCACCUUGAGAAGCCCUGGACUGCUGACCCAGCCCCGAGGCGAGAACCAGGAAGGAGGUUCAGUAGGUCAGACAUCCAACACAGGUCUCGGCGAGGCUGCUUUCUUUUCUGGAGGCUCUAGGAGAGCAUCUGUUCCCUGCCUUGUCCAGCUUCUAGGGGCUGCCUACAUCACUCGGCUCAUGGCCCCUUUCUCCAUCUUCAAAGCCAGCAACAGCACAAUCAUCUGCAAACGAGGCGUCAAGGAAAUCUUAACGAUAUUGGACAUUUCAUUUUUCCUGGUGUACAAGGUACGAGAAUUUCAUUCGGGAAUUCACCAUGAUCACUUCUUAAACUGGAAGUACCUUCAGAGGUUUUAUGAACUCUUCAAUACCUGUGGUGAGGUCUUUGGGGUCCUAGCCUUAAGCCGGGUUACUUACCAAGUCUCCUUCUCUCCAGCAGCCCCUGAACUUGAACUUUUGGCCCCCAGCCCUGUGGAGCUGUUGAAAAAUCUGCCACAAGUUUUUCAAACACAUCCAAGCCAACGAACACUGCUUUUGAAAAAGCUACUUGAUCAUCACUCUGGCCCUGAGCGACAAGUCCUGCACGCUGCCAAGGCCCCGCCCCCCACCAUCUGGAGCACGAGGUGGAUCCCGGCACUGCUUCCCUUCACACUCCGAACACUCCACACAGACGCUCACUCUAUUCCUGCAAGCGCUAGACCAUCACUUACAAAAGAAAGACGUUCCAAAUUGUAA